AAGCAAAGCAUUCUGGAAGAGGAAGUCGGAUGGAAAUUGAUCUUUGAAGAAAGCACAGCAGAAGAUAAAAAGGAACAAAUUAAGUCAAGUGCUCUAUCAGAACCGGACCGCCUGUCACCUGUGUUCCAGGAGCUGAACCAGAAAUGUCCUCAGGCAUGCCAGACAUACCUGCCCCACUCACCAAUUUGAAGACUCAAUAUACUAAGAUCUUCAUAAACAAUGAAUGGCAUGCUUCAGUGAGUGGCAAGAAAUUUGCUGUCAUUAAUCCUGCAACUGAGGAGGUCAUCUGCCAUGUAGAAGAAGGAGAUAAGGAGGAUGUUGACAAAGCCGUGAAGGCCGCAAGACAGGCUUUUCAGAUCGGCUCUCCAUGGCGUACUAUGGAUGCUUCAGAGAGGGGACAACUGUUGUACAAGCUGGCUGAUUUAAUGGAAAGAGAUCGUCUCUUGCUGGCAACAAUGGAAGCAAUGAAUGGUGGAAAACUAUUUACCAACGCAUACCUGAUGGAUUUAGGAGCCUGCAUAAAAACAUUACGAUACUAUGCAGGCUGGGCUGACAAGAUCCAGGGCCGUACAAUACCAGCUGAUGGAAACAUUUUUACUUAUACAAGACAUGAACCUAUUGGUGUAUGUGGUCAAAUCAUUCCUUGGAAUUUCCCGUUGGUCAUGCUCAUUUGGAAGAUAGGCACUGCCCUGAGCUGUGGAAACACAGUAGUUGUCAAACCAGCAGAGCAAACUCCUCUCACUGCACUGCAUGUGGCAUCCUUAAUAAAAGAGGCAGGGUUUCCUCCUGGAGUGGUGAAUAUUGUCCCUGGUUACGGGCCUACUGCAGGAGCAGCCAUCUCUUCUCACAUGGAUGUAGACAAAGUGGCCUUCACAGGAUCAACAGAGGUUGGCAAAUUGAUCAAAGAAGCUGCUGGGAAAAGCAAUCUGAAGAGGGUGACCCUGGAGCUUGGGGGGAAGAGCCCUUGCAUCGUGUUUGCUGAUGCGGACUUGGACAGUGCUGUGGAAUGUGCACACCAAGGAUUAUUCUACCACCAGGGUCAGUGUUGUUCGGCUGCAACCAGGCUUUUUGUGGAAGAAUCGAUAUACGAUGAGUUUGUUCGGAGGAGUGUAGAGCGAGCUAAGAAGUAUGUUCUUGGAAAUCCUCUUACUCCAGGAGUAAAUCAAGGUCCUCAGAUUGACAAGGAACAACAUAACAAAAUACUUGAUCUCAUUGAGAGUGGGAAGAAAGAAGGGGCCAAACUGGAAUGUGGCGGAGGCCCAUGGGGGAACAAAGGCUACUUUAUCCAGCCCACGGUUUUCUCUAAUGUUACAGACGACAUGCGCAUCGCCAAAGAGGAGAUAUUUGGACCAGUGCAGCAAAUCAUGAAGUUUAAAUCUUUAGAUGACCUGAUCAAGAGAGCAAACAAUACUCACUAUGGGUUAGCAGCAGGAAUCUUUACCAAAGACCUGGAUAAAGCCAUCACAGUGUCCUCUGCUCUGCAGGCUGGGUCAGUGUGGGUGAAUUGCUAUAGCGUGGUGUGUGCCCAGUGCCCCUUUGGUGGCUUCAAGAUGUCUGGAAAUGGACGAGAACUGGGAGAAUAUGGUCUCCAUGAAUAUACAGAGGUCAAGACAGUCACGGUGAAUAUCUCUCAGAAGAACUCAUAAAAAAUCUGCCAUA